UUCAAUUCCUCUUUCUUCAAUAAAAGUUUGCCCAUUUUUGACAUUUACUUGACAAACUGUAUUUUCAAUUAAAUUUUUAAAUUUUUACAUUAAUUAUCCAAGAAAAUUGUAAAUAUUUUUAAAUUUUGUCGUUUAUUAUUUCUAAGAAUACAUAUAAUGGCAGACGAAUGGAACGAGUCACCUGCAGUUUCCAAUCAAUAUGCUUUUGUGGAUCGGGUUAUUUCAAGCGAAUACAGAAAUACAGAACGGUCUAGUAGAGGUUUUUCUAGAGGACGCGGCGGCGGAGGUGGUGGUCGUCGAUUUCAGAAUAAUCGUGAAGAUUUUAACUCUGCUAACGGUAAUGGCUGGGGAACUUCGCCCAAAUCGGCCGACACUAAUCAAAUUACCAUUGAGGUUCCUAGCAGGAGUGUUGGUCGGAUUAUAGGAAAGGGAGGUUCAAAGAUAAGUGAUCUGCAAUUUGAAUCUGGUGCCAAGAUUAACGUGACAAAAGAAACUGUUGGCGAUAAUACUAUUGUGAAGAUAAGUGGCCAAACUGACGAAAUAGAUAAAGCAAGGGAAAUGAUUGAGCAGUUGACAAUAGACAGACCUCCUCGUCAGCAAUUUACUCUUACACCAUCGGUAGCUCCACCCAUAGAAAAUAAGAAUGUUGUCAUAGACUGGCAGGCUUUAUCCGAAGAAUGUGAUCGAAUGACAAAAGAAAAAUGGUCUAAGGCCCCACUAAUAAAAAAAAACUUUUACAUAGAAGACCCCGCAGUUGCAGCAAUGACUGCAGAUGAAGUUGCUAAAUUUCGCGAAGAUAAUAAUAACAUUGUGGUUGCUAGAGCGCUGUCUAAAACACCGAACGAUAAUAAACCGAUACCUAACCCAGUUCGAACAUUUGAGGAAGCUUUCCGAAAUUAUCCAUUAAUAUUGGAAGAGAUCAGGAAGGCAGGUUUUGAAUCUCCGUCGCCGAUUCAGCGGCAGGGUUGGCCGAUUUUGCUGAGCGGGGAAGAUCUGAUAGGAAUCGCGCAAACCGGAACAGGCAAGACUUUAGCUUUUUUGUUACCUGCACUAAUACAUCUCGAUGGUCAACCCACACCAAGGGAACAGCGCGAAGGUCCGGGCGUGCUUGUGAUCGCACCCACACGAGAGUUGGCCUUGCAGAUCGAACGGGAGGUUAAGAAAUAUCACUACAAAAAUAUUAAGGCAGUGUGCGUAUAUGGUGGCGGCGACCGAAAAGAGCAAGUGAAUAUAAUAACCAAGGGCGUUGAUAUUGUAAUUGCGACACCUGGCAGAUUGAACGAUCUGGUCCUUGCCGGAUAUAUAUCGACCGAAACGUUUACCUACGUAGUUCUGGACGAAGCCGAUCGUAUGCUGGAUAUGGGUUUUGAGCCUCAAAUACGUAAAGUGUUGUACGAAAUUCGGCCUGAUCGACAAACGGUUAUGACCAGUGCAACAUGGCCGUCUGGUGUUCGCAGAUUAGCUGACUCAUAUAUGGUAAAUCCAGUUCAGGUUUAUGUAGGAUCUUUGGAUUUGGCUGCUGUACAUACUGUCACUCAAACAAUUAUCAUGUUACCAGAUGGCGAAGAGGAGAAAUUUCAAACGUUUAUGGAUUUCGUACAUAGCAUGCAACCUGAUGACAAGGCCAUUGUAUUCUGUGGGAAAAAGGCUAAGGCGGAUUAUUUAGCCUCGGAGCUUGUAAUAAAUGGUAUUGAUUGCCAAGCAAUGCACGGCGAUCGUGAACAGUGUGAUCGUGAACAAGCAUUGGCAGAUAUUACAGAUGGUACCGUUCAAAUUCUCAUAGCGACAGAUGUAGCAUCCAGAGGAAUAGACAUAGAGGACAUAUCACAUGUCAUCAAUUAUGAUUUUCCAAAGAAUAUAGAAGAAUACGUCCACAGAGUGGGACGUACAGGACGGGCCGGUCGUUCGGGAUGUUCCAUUAGUUAUUUUACUAGGGCAGAUUGGGCAAAUGCUCAAGAAUUAAUUCCUAUUUUAGAAGAAGCCUGUCAGCAUGUCCCAGAGGAACUUCACGAAAUGAGCAAAAGGUUUGCAGCAUGGAAGGAGCGCAAAGAUCAAGAGAGAGGUGGUCGAGGAGGGGGUCGAUUCGGUGGAAAUCGCGAUUUUGGAGGAAAUCGUGAUUUUGGUGGAAAUCGCGAUUUUGGUGGGAAUCGAGACUUUGGAGGCAAUCGCGGUUUUGGUGGUGGAAAUCGCGAUUUUGGAUACGGAGGCGGCGGCGGCGGUGGUGGUGGUAGGUUUGGAGGAGGUGGCGGUAGAAAAUGGUAAAUUAGGAAACCCAAGAGUAAACUUUUUCCUUAAUUUUAGUCCAUAUCUCUCUUCUUAAACGAUCUGUGUUAUAACAGUAUUUAUCUACUUAACUUAUUUUUAUGUGGAAUAUCUCUGCUAAUGUACAUUUUGAAUUUUGAGAUAUUUCACAUCUCCUUCCAGUUAGAUGAUAAAAUUGUGAAUGUCAUCGUUUAUUAAACGAAUUAUAAUCUC